AUGAUUUCAAAUAAGUUAUCAGAUUUUCCUAAAAUGUUUGAUUUAUCUAAUAUUCAAAAAGAAUUAUACCCUUAUAAUUAUUACACCAUAGAAUUAAUUCAAAAUAACGUUGGAAUAAUUUCAGAAGCUGGUGAAUAUGAAUCUCAAAAAUGGAAUAAAAAACAAUAUAAUUUAUUUAAAGAGAAUAAAUCUAUAAUCAAUAAUUGUUUAGUUGAUGAAGACAAGUUCGAUAUGAGAUUAUAUUGUAAAUUCUACUGUUGUCAAGACGUUAGAAUAUUAAAAGAAGGUCAUAUUAAAUUCAGAAAUAAUAAUUUGAAAAGUUUAAAUAUAGAUGUUGACAACUUUAUUAGUAUAUCUGCUUUAGCUAAUCACUAUUUCAAAUUACAUGUUUACACACAAAUUCCAAACUUAAUGCAAUAUUCUGGGAAAGUUAGAGAAUUUAUACAGGGUGAAAUAUAUGGAGGUAGAAAUAUGUGUAGAGAUAAUACAAACCAACGUGUUACUAAAGAUUUAUAUGAUUAUAACACAUGUUCGUUAUAUCCUAGUGCUAUACAUAGGUUAAAACUAGCAACUGGAAAACCUAUAUUAAUCGCUCAAGAAUCAUGUAAUAAAACUAUAUUAAACCACUUAAUGUUAGAACAACAAUUAGAACCAACAAAUGAACGUUAUAUUUCAGCAUUUAUUGUAGAUAUUGAAAUAACCAAGGGUAACAAACAUUUACACUUCCCAAUUAUAACUAAGAAAGAUAAAAAAGGUAAUCGUAAUGUUAAUGAAUGUUGUACAAUGGGAGUAGAUAAUAUUAUGCUUGAAGAUAUGAUUAAAUUUCAACAAAUAGAGUUUAAUAUUAUUAGAAGAUAUUAUUGGACUGGAUGUAAAUCUAAUGUGUUUAGUAACGAGAUUGAAAAGAUAUACAAUUUAAGAUCCAAACUUAAAAAAGAAGGUAAUCCGUUACAAAAUAAUAAUAAAUUAUUGAUGAAUUCAUCAUAUGGUAAAACGAUUCAAAAACCAAUUAAAAAUGACUUGGUUUACAAAUAUAUCAAUAAUAAAGGAAAAUGUGAUUCAGAUAGAUAUCUUAAAAAGAACUUUACAUUAGUUAGAUCUAUGUAUGACAUAUCAAAUAAUAUCAGAUGUUUUGAAACAAAUAAAUCAUUUGAUGACUUCUAUGUUCCAAAUCUCAUUGGUGUACAAAUAUUAAGUAUGAGUAAGAGAAUAAUGAAUGAAGUUAUGUGUUUAGCAGAAGAUUUAAAUAUAGAUAUAUAUUAUCAAGAUACUGAUUCAGUGCAUAUAGACAAAAAUAAGAUUGAAUCGUUAGAACAAAAAUAUAAAGAAAUAUAUGGUAAAACAUUAAGAGGAGGUGAAUUAGAACAAUUCCAUCCAGAUUUUGAUGAAUUAUCUGGGAAUGUAUAUUCAAAAGAAUCUUACUUCUUAGGUAAGAAAGCUUAUAUAGAUGUAUUAACAAACGAUAAACAAAAACAUGCUUUACAUAUGAGAAUGAAAGGUAUUCCAAACAAUUUAUUGGAAAAUAAUGAAAAUCCAAUUGAAUUAUAUAAGAAACUCUACACAGGAGAAUCUUAUACAUUUAACUUACUAGAAUUAAAACCUAGUUUCGAAUUUGGUAAGACAUUUGAUAUUAAAACAAGAGAGAACUUUACUAGAAAAAUUUAA